UAUUAUCGUGGUACGCACGGUGUGGUAGUGGUAUACGAUGUCACAAAUGGCGAAUCGUUUAGUAAUGUUAAACGAUGGCUUCAUGAAAUAGAUGCGAAUUGUGAAAGUGUACAGAAAAUUCUUGUAGGAAACAAGAACGAAGAUCCUGCACGAAGAAUCGUACUAGAAAGUGAUGCAAGGCAGUUUGCUGAUACCAUGCAUAUAAAAUUCUUUGAAACGUCUGCCAAAGAAAAUACUAACGUUGAAGAGAUGUUCUCCUGUAUCACACGAUUGGUGCUGAAUGCCAAGUUGUCGAAUCCCCAAGGAAGAGAUGGUCGUGGUGAGGUGAAACUGACACUGAACGAUAGACAACGGGAAAAGAAGAAGUGCAAGUGUGGAUAG